GAUUACUGAUGUAUUUUUUUCCCUUUUACAGAUAAUGGCAUCAGCUGCUAAAGAAUUUAAAAUGGACAACUUUUCACCUAAAGCUGGCACAAGCAAAUUACAACAGACAGUACCAGCUGAUGCAUCUCCUGAUUCUAAGUGUCCUAUAUGCUUGGAUAGAUUUGAUAAUGUGUCUUACUUAGAUCGCUGUUUACAUAAGUUCUGUUUUCGCUGUGUACAGGAGUGGUCAAAAAACAAAGCUGAAUGUCCACUGUGUAAACAGCCCUUUGAUUCUAUUUUCCAUUCUGUGAGGGCAGAAGAUGACUUCAAGGAGUAUGUCCUGAGGCCUUCGUAUAAUGGAUCUUUUGCCACUCCUGAUGCUCCACGGUUUCGCUAUCGUACAACUAUGACAAAUCGAAGUGCUUCUGUUUAUUCACCUAGUAGUACUGUGAAUAGAAGAACAACAACUCCACCAGAUAGUGGAGUACUAUUUGAAGGGUUAGGCAUUUCAGCAAGACCUAGAAAUGGUGAAAUUCCUCAAGGUAGGCAGUUUCCAGUAAGGAGGCCAACUACUACAGAUGAAAGAUCUUUGCGAAAAAUUCAAGAACAAGAUAUUAUUAACUUCAGACGAACUCUCUAUCGUGCUGGUGCUCGUGUUAGAAAUAUUGAAGAUGGUGGUCGCUGCAGGGAUAUUUCAGCUGAAUUUUUCCGUAGAAAUCCGGCUUGCCUUCACAGAUUAGUACCCUGGUUAAAACGCGAACUUACGGUUCUUUUUGGAGCUCAUGGAUCUUUAGUGAAUAUUGUCCAGCACAUCAUCAUGAGUAAUGUUACUCGCUAUGACUUGGAGAGUCGAGAAUUUGUGUCUGACUUAAGACCAUUUUUACUUAAUCGGACUGAGCAUUUUAUACAUGAAUUUAUCAGUUUUGCUCGAUCUCCAUUUAACAUGGCAGCUUUUGACCAGCAUGCUAAUUAUGAUUGCCCUGCUCCUUCAUAUGAAGAAGGUAGCCAUUCGGAUUCUUCAGUCAUAACAAUAUCUCCAGAUGAAGCUGAGACCCAUGAGUUGGAUAUCAAUGUAACCACUGUCAGUCAGGCACCAUGGGAUGAUGAAACUCCAGGGCCAUCUUACUCAAGCUCAGAGCAGGUACAUGCUGCCAUGUCUUCCCUUUUAAAUACUUCUGAUAGUUCAGAUGAAGAACUUGUAGCAGGAAGAGCCCCGUCUCAGAUACAAGGAGUACAAGCUAAUGAAGACCUAAAUAAUGACAGUGAUUCUUCUUCAGAUAAUUGUGUCAUUGUUGGGUUUGUUAAACCACUAGCUGAGAGGACCCCAGAACUUGUUGAACUGUCCUCUGAUUCUGAGGAGUUAGGCUCUUAUGAGAAAAUGGAGACAGUGAAGACACAAGAACAAUCUUACAGUUCUGGUGAUAGUGAUGUUAGUAGAUAUUCAUCUCCACGCUCAGUCCUUGGAAAGGACGAACAGAUAAAUAAAGGUCAUUGUGGUUCUGGUAAAAGAAACAAGUCAAAGAAGGAAGAGAAACACUCUACGUCAUUGUCGUCUCCUAGAGACCUGAGCUCAUCUCUCAGAGGAGACAGAGUAUACUCCCCUUAUAACCGUAGACAUAGGAGGAGGGGAAGGUCAAGAAGUUCAGAUUCACGUUCCCAGAGUAGAAGUGGCCAUGAUCAGAAGAAUCGUAGAAAGCAUCAUGGGAAGAAAAGGAUGAAAAGCAAAAGAUCCAGAAGCAGGGAGAGUAGCAGACCUAGAAGUAGAAGAGACAAAAAGAGAUCAAGAACUAGAGAUAGCAGCUGGUCAAGAAGAAGCCAAACUCUCUCUCUAAGUAGUGAAAGCACAAGCAGAUCAAGAUCUCGUAGCAGUGAUCAUGGUAAAAGAAGAUCACGGAGCAGAAAUCGAGAUCGUUAUUAUUUAAGAAAUAAUUAUGGAAGCAGAUACAAGUGGGAAUAUACUUACUAUAGUAGAAACAAGGACAGAGAUGGCUAUGAAUCAUCAUACAGAAGGAGGACUCUGUCCAGAGCUCAUUAUUCCAGACAAUCUUCAAGUCCAGAAUUUAGAAUUCAGUCCUUUUCUGAAAGAACAAAUGCUAGGAAAAAAAAUAAUCAUAGUGAAAGGAAGUAUUACUACUAUGAAAGGCACAGAUCAAGGAGCCUAUCUAGUAAUAGAUCAAAGACUGCAUCUACAGGACCUGAUUGGGUAAGAAAUGAAAAGCCUGGAGGGAAACGAAAGUACAAAACACGGCAUUUGGAGGGUACUAAUGAAGUGGCUCAAUCUUCUCGUGAAUUUGCUUCUAAAGUAAAGGAAAGUCAUUACCAAAAAUCUUCAUCAAAAUUAGAUGGAAACCACAAAAAUGAGAGUGAUAGCUUUUCAGACAGCCGGUCAUCAGACAGAGAGACAAAGCACAAGAGGAAAAAAAGGAGGACCAGGAGCCUGAGUGUAGAGAUAGUGUAUGAAGGGAAAGCUACUGAUACGACUAGACACCAUAAAAAGAAAAGGAAGAAGCACAAGAAGAAGCAUAAGAAACAUCAUGGGGACAAUGCCGCGCGCUCACCAGUUGUAAUUACCAUUGACAGUGAUAGUGAUAAGGAUUCUGAAGUGAAAGAGGGUACAGAAUGUGACAAUAGUGGUCCUCAAGACUCUUUACAAAAUGAGUUUUUGUCUCCUCCCUUUGAACCAUUUGAAGCUAAAGAUAUAGUUACAAUAGAAGAUGAAUUUGGCCUCCUAGACACGGGGUGUAAUAUUGCCACGCUUAAUAACAACUUGAAUCAUGCCAACAAAACUGUGGAUAGUAUUCUACCCCAGGCAGCUUCAGUCGAGCAAACUCGUGAUGUAAGAGAAGAGAGUACCUUUGCCUCUGAUUUGGAGAACCAGCCCAGUACUGUCUCUGUUCAGACCGAGCCAUCAAGGCAAUUGCCAUCUCCACGGACAUCAUUAAUGUCAGGGUCUCUUGGUAGAGACCGUGAUACGUCUUAAAACUGCCAAAGCAUCUCAUUGAGAAUUCUGAUGGAAAACAAAAACAAAAAACAGUUGCAUCUACUGCAGUCUAUUUAAAGAUGACUUUUGGUGAAAACUCUUUUCCCCCCUUAAAAAUAUUUUAAGUGAUUUUUUUUGUGUGUUAAAAAUUUGUAAAAAUCAUUAUUUGUUCGAAACGUAUGUAUGUCCUACCCUCAGAGAUAUGCACUUUUAAGUGAGGAAAAUGAUAUUGCUAGCAGUUUAUUUAAAACUUGGGAUCCUUUUUAAAUAAAAAAAUAUAAAUUUUAGAAGUUA